AUGUUAGUUGUGUAUGUUCUUCACUUAUUACUUUUCUACAAUGUUGUUCUUGCACAACCGCCGACUUGCUAUCGUUCAUCGCGAUAUCUUGUACCUCAGACGUCAGGGGAUAAUGGUUUUCGUAUAACAGUUGAAGGUAGUUUUAAAACAUAUGUUCCGGGUCGAACAUACAAAGUUUCAUUGAGCGGUUUCAAAAGUCAAACGUAUCAGUCAUCGUUCAAAGAAUUUAUGCUUAUUGCUGUACCAUCAACAUGGUCUGAUGAUCAAGCCUAUCGUCCAGUCGGACAAUUUGAGUUAUUACCAUCGACGCAUACAAAUGACGAAUCAACGCAAGAAGCGAUCAUCAGUCAACGUAAUUGUCCUGGCGGUGUUACAGAUGCGAAUCCAGAUAAAUUGAAAAAUUCGAUUUCUGUCGAUUGGAUUGCACCACGUCAUCCGCAGGGAUGUAUUUCAUUCAAAGCAACUGUAGUACGAUCGGAUACGGUUUGGUUCAAAGAUGAUAAUGCGUUAACCUAUACCAUGUGUGAAGAUCAAAUGCAUAUGAAAAAAAUGAUGCAACAAUGUUGUGCUUGUGGUGAAGCCAAAUAUCAAUUAACAUUUAAAGGACUUUGGUCACCACAGACGCACAAAAAAGACUGGCCAGCAACAACAGCUCAUUUCUCAACAACUGUCGGUGCUGUUCAUAAUUCUAAUUAUUCAUUAUUUGAAAUUGGUGCAUAUGCUAAUCGUGGUUUAAGUCAGCUAGUUCUCACUGGUGAUACUCACGCACUUGAACAAGAUCUAGCAAAUGAAUCAUUUAAUGGUGUUAUUCGUAGUUUAAUACUUGCUCGACCUUUGAAAAUGUCAUCUAAUGAAAUGUCAUCAGCAAUGAAUGUAUUUACUGUUUCUCCUCGCCAUCCUAAAUUGAGUUUUGUGAGCAAAAUCUCGCCCAGUCCUGACUGGUUCACAGGAGUCAAUGCAGUAGAUUUAUGUUUAUCGAAUUGUACAUGGGUUGAACAAUAUUCGGAAGAUCUUUAUCCAUUGGAUGCUGGAAUUGAUAGUGGAACAACAUAUACAUCUGGUCGAUUGCCGACAGUGCCAUUGGAGAAAAUUCACGCAAUCACUGGUACCAUCUCUCCAACAUCAUCUUUUCAUGAUCCAAUGAGUAAACCAAUAAUGCCUGUUGCCCGCGUUACACUUCAACGUACGCUGGUCCGUGGAACUCAGUGUCCAAAUAAUCAGAAUGGUAGACAACAUUCUCAACGAACAAAUCAUCAUCACCGUGAAGAAUCAUCUCCUGAUGUUGAUCUCUCACAGGUGCAUCAUCGAAAUGAACGAGUGAAACAAAAAUACGAUCAUUCAGGAAGAUUAGUUUACGCUUAUGAAGAAGCCUCAACACCUGAAUGUCGUUUAACCGAAUGGUCGCCCUGGUCAUCCUGUUCGGUUACUUGUGGUCAUGGCAUCAAAACACGACGACGUUCGUAUCUUAUGCCGGACAAAGCUUUCCGUCAUCACUGCGAUGAACGUACUUAUGAUAUGGCUUCAUGUCACUCGACAUCAUGCUCAUCAAUGAUGACAAAUAACCAUCCGCAUUCCUUGGAUACUUCGAUGUGUAUGGUUAGCGACUGGUCAGCAUGGUCUCAUUGUUCAGUUACAUGUGGCGAAGGUAUGCGUACUCGAUCACGUACCAUGCUCAAAGGUGGCGACAAGUCUCAAUGCCGAUCGGAGUAUCAAUUGAUGGAAAAAGAGUCCUGUAUUGGAAUGAAGCCUCUCUGUGAACAAGGCCGUUUAACAGAUAUGAUCGAGAAAAAACGUAUUUGCAUGCAAUCACUCGAAGUCGGCUCAUGUGCACAAUAUGAACGUCGUUUCUAUUUCAAUUUGGACAUGAGUAAAUGUCUAGAAUUUGAUUACAGUGGUUGUGGUGCUAAUGACAAUAACUUUCUUACACGAGACGUAUGUGAGGAUACAUGCGACAUCCUAUUACGUGGACGCACAGAGGAUGGCAAAGAUACACGCUGUAUGACUUUGCCCUGGUCUGAAUGGAGCGCUUGCUCGUCUGUUUGUGGACCCGGCACGCAAGUUCGAUUUCGUGCAUACAAAGUCAAAUUUCUAGCAAUGGGCUUUUGUUCGGAACCAUUAGAAGAAUUUCGUGAUUGUCAUACACCUUGCGAUCCAGCACAAAUGUAUCGUCUAUCAGACACACGACGAACAAUGAUUAAAAGCAUGGAAGCUGCUGAAAGAAAACAGAAAUGUAUGCAUCCACUCGAACCUGGUCCGUGUACCAAAUUUAUCGAUCGAUUCUAUUUCGAUGGUACAACACGUAAAUGUACUAAAUUUUCAUAUGGUGGAUGUCGAGGUAGAGAUACAAUGCAUUUUAAUUUAACUACUGGAAGUCUAAUUUGCAUAGGCAAUGACAAUAAUUUCAUGACACACGAAGAAUGCGAAGCAAUGUGCGAUGAACUCAUUCAAGACCAUAAAUCAAUGGUUCACGAUCCACGAUGUCUUGUUUCAAUAUGGAGUGAAUGGUCAGCAUGUUCGAACGCUACAUGUCAUCGACCAGGUACGCAAACUCGAACAAGAAUGUAUGCAGACAAGCGUGCUGCUAUGCAUGGUCACUGUACGGAAGUUUUGGAAGAGCGUCAAUCAUGUACCAUUGACUGCAAUGGUAAUUCUAUGAAACAUAAACAAAUGAUGACAGAUAUGCCAAAGGCCACUUUUCGACCUCGUCAUCCUUGCUGUGCAUGCGACGAAGCGAAAUUUCAAAUAACAUUUCAAGGCUUGUGGUCGAAACAAACGCAUCCAAAAGAUUGGCCACCUGAACAUCUUCUCCAUUGGUCUGAUUUGAUUGGAGCUAUCCAUAGUCAAGAAUAUUCACUGUGGAACUAUGGCGAGAUUGCUAGCGAUGGUUUGAAACAAGUUGCCGAAUGGGGUGCCAUUGGAACAAUGCAGAAAGAAAUAAAAAAUCACACCAAGUUUGGUGUCAUUCGAAACAUAAUGAUCAUACCUGGUCUAUGGACAGUUAAUGUUACAAAAGCUACUACAGGUGCCUUUACAUCAUCGAGAAACCAUCAUUUCUUAUCGUUUGUAACAAUGCUUGGACCGUCACCCGAUUGGGUUGCUGGUGUGUCCGGCUUAGACUUAUGUCUUCCAAAUUGCACCUGGUUAGAUAGCUACGAAGAAUUACUUCAUCCAUUUGACGCAGGAACUGACAUGGGUGUUCGCUACAAUGGACCAAAACGCCCAGAACAUCAUCGUAAACCAAUUACACCGAUUCUUUCAAGCAAUAUUACCGACAAUCGAUCGCCAUUCUUUGGUCAACAGCCACCACCAUUUGCCAAAUUGAGUAUUAAACGGGUGAUGACACAAGGUGUAUCAUGUCCAAGCGGUCGUCCACAGCAUACGGAAACACCGUCAGUUAUUGACUUUGGUCCAGAUUUUGUCGACUUGAGUCGUACAAACGAAGUCGAGAACGACAAAGAAGUCGCUAAAUCGAACGUUGAAUUACUUGAAGACGAAUCGGCUGAUCCUCGUUGUAUGACAUCACCUUGGUCAGAAUGGAGUGUUUGUAAUGUCAAAUGUGGAAAUGGUCUACGAACACGAACAAGAAUGUACAAAAAUCGGGAUCACAACGGAUGUAAUGAACGGUUAAGUGAAAGCGAAAUGUGUUACGAAAGAUCAGGUGAUGAUUGUGACGACGAUAAUCAACAAGUUGCACAAUGUGCUGUGACUGACUGGUCAUCAUUCUCGCCAUGUUCUGUAUCAUGUGGUCAAGGAGCUACAGAACGACGACGAUGGUUUAUCAAUGGUAAUUCACAUCAUGAUCCUCAAUGCCAAGACAUUCAUUUGAUCGAAAAACGUCAAUGUCAAGGCGCAGAUUCGAUGCAUUGCAACAAAAAUGAGAAUAAAGAUCGAUGCAUGUCCGAACCAGCUGAAGAUAAUCGAUGCCGUGGUUUACAACGUUAUCAUUACAAUAAGACGAGCAUGUCAUGCGUACCAUUCACUUCAUGUCCGGCCCGUGGUAAUAACAAGAACAAUUUCGCUGAUAAAAUGGAAUGUGAGACUGCCUGUAAAAGUUUUCUUGCCGAAGGCACUGAUCGAUCAUGUCCGACAAGUCCUUGGAGUGAAUGGAGUGAGUGUUCAGUAACAUGUGGACCGAACGGUAUUCGACGUCGUAGCCGAACAUUAUUAAUCACUCAUCAUGUUGAUGAUCAUCGUUGUCGAUCGAUACAACUGGAAGAGACACAAUCAUGCCAUAUUAUUCGUUGUCCACCGGUCGAUUGUGUUGUUAGUCAAUGGAGCGUUUGGUCAUCAUGUACCGGCUGUGGUCAAGAUGCUAUGCAAACGCGUACACGUGUACCUGUACGUCGAUCACGUAAUGGUGGCAAACGGUGUGGACCAUUGAAAGAGUCGCGCUAUUGUCAAACAACUACCCCAUGUUAA